GUGAUGGAGACGGAAGUAGAUUUUUAGAUAAACCUAUCGCUCCUCACUGCCUUAUGCAUUCACCAAGAAUAAUGGGAGUGGAAGACAGAGGAAUUCCAUCAACAGCGAUUGGUGUUGCUCCUCCUCACGCUGAGCAAGUUCAACCUCCAUUGUCCGCAAAACACAUUCAAAUAAUCGGCCAGCCUCGACAAUAA